UAGAGCCCAACCAAACAAUCCCCUUCCAACUCCCCACCCCCUCCACAUACACCCCUUUUUUCCAUCUCCCUUUUAAUCAUUCUUCUUCUCAUGAGGUGAAUAAAAUAUUUGUAAGAAUCCAGAGGCCUACUUAACUGAUCUCUACCAUCAUCUUCCCUUCCUCUUCCCGGUCCUCUCUUACAGUUUUUCAUUCUUUUUCUUCUUUUUAUCGACACCCAGAAGUCGUUCUUCAAUCGGAGAGGGAAGAAGAAGGAAGAAACAGCGAUCAAUUUACAGACCCAUCUAAGUUUUUACGUCUGUUCUAUCACCAUGGUUGAAACAAGGCGUAGUUCUUUAUCCAAACGUUCUCUCUCUUCAUCCCAUGGCUCUCCCCCUCCUUCUGGCACUCCAAAUUCCAAAAGAUCUAAGGUUAUUGAGGCAUCGUCGUCUACGGAGGACGUUCAAAGCGCACCGCCUGUUGAGCCUUUGAUUCCAGUUGAGGAAUCUGGGGUUGAACCUGUAGACCCAGUCAUACAACCAGCUGAUCCGUUCGAUACUGAUUCGUUGAAGGUCAACAACGUAUGUGAUGAGGCUGUUCCUGAGGAUUCGCACGAUCUUCAAGCAGAAGGCGAGGCUAUCAUGACGCCGCUACCUUUAGGUGAUGUUACAGCCGAUGCAGAGAAAUCUAAGGCGGUUGUGGCUACCUUGCUCAAUCGCACCAAAAAGCGCACGACGAGGAUGACGAAGUCCAAUUCGAAGCCUGCGUGGGGAAAACUUCUUUCCCAGUGCUCUCAGAAUCCACACUUAGUUAUUUGUGGCACUCUGUUCACUGUCGGUCAAAGUCGUCAGUGUAAUUUAUGGCUUAAAGAUCCAUCUGUUAGUACAACACUGUGUAAGCUGAGGCACAUCAAGCGUGGGAACUCUUCCAUUGCUUUACUCGAAAUCACGGGAGGCAAAGGUGCUGUCAUUGUUAAUGGCAAGAUUUUUCAAAAAAAUUCAAGCGUAGUUUUAAAUGGAGGUGAUGAGGUCGUCUUCACUUCCUCUGGAAAACAUGCUUAUAUAUUUCAGCAGCUCACUAGUGAUGAUUUUGCUGUUUCUGGUCUGCCUUCUGUAAACAUUUUAGAAGCCCAUAGUGCUCCUGUUAAGGGGAUUCAUUUUGAAGGAAGGUCUGGGGAUGCCUCAGCUGUCACUGGCGCAUCCAUAUUGGCAUCUUUUUCAAAUAUUCAGAAAGAUUUGUCUCUGCUUUCCCCAUCUGCUAAAUCCAAUGAAGAUGUGGAGUUACCCUCUGUUUGUGGAGUGUCAGAUAAUCAGAAUCCAGACAUUAAUUUGAAAGAUGGUAGUACUAAUAACAAUGACAUAAAUGGUGAGGCAUCUAUGGACAAAAGUAUCGAACCGAGUCCUCAUUCUGCAACUGAAAGCCCCAGUCUUGAUAGGCUUGGACUAGAUGCUUGUAAUGAUUCAGAAAUUGGGGAGGUCCCUGGGGCAACUCAUGAAUUACGGCCACUUUUACAAAUGCUAGCUGGUUCGGCAUCUCCUGACUUUAAUUUAAGUGGCAGCAUUUCCAAGAUUCUUGAUGAACAAAGGGAUAUAGGGAAUCUCUUUAAGGAUUUCAACCCUCCUGCUAUGCCGAUGUCAACUCGACGUCAAGCAUUUAAAGAAAGAUUACAACAAGGCAUUCUUAAACCUGACAGUAUUGAUGUUUCUUUUGAGAGUUUCCCAUAUUAUCUAAGUGAUACCACAAAAAAUGUUCUUAUUGCAUCCAUGUUCAUUCACUUGAAGUGUAAUAAAUUUGUAAAGCAUGCUUCAGACCUUCCUAUUUCGAGCCCACGUAUCCUCUUGUCUGGACCUGCAGGUUCAGAAAUAUACCAGGAAACUUUGACGAAGGCACUUGCUCGGCAUUUUGGAGCUAGAUUACUGAUUGUGGAUUCUCUUCUUUUGCCUGGCGCACCGACCCCCAAGGAUGCUGAUAUUGUAAAAGAUAGUUCGAGGGCUGAACGGACAUCUGUUUUUGCUAAAAGAGCUGUUCAGGUUGCUGCUGCUGCUGCUGCAGCAGCAGCAGCCUCACAGAACAAAAAACCAACUUCCAGUGUUGAGGCUGAUAUUGCAGGUGGAUCUACCUUAAGCUCACAGGCUUUGCCGAAACAAGAAACAUCCACGGCUUCAUCAAAGACCACUGCUUUUAAGACAGGUGACAAAGUUAAAUUUGUUGGUACCUUAUCUUCUGCACUUUCACCUCCUCUUCAAAGUUGUCCUCUAAGGGGACCGUCUUAUGGUUGUCGCGGGAAAGUUGUCCUUGCUUUUGAAGAGAAUGGAUCCUCAAAAAUAGGGGUGAGGUUUGACAAAUCAAUUCCAGACGGUAACGAUCUAGGUGGCCUUUGUGAAGAAGAUCAUGGCUUCUUUUGUUCUGCUAAUCAUCUACUGCGCCUGGAUGGUCCUGGAGGUGAUGAUAAUGAUAAACUUGCAAUUGAUGAAGUUUUUGAGGUUGUCUCAAAUGAGAGUAGAAACAGCCCAUUAAUAUUGUUUGUCAAAGACAUAGAAAAGGCAAUGGUGGGGCACUCAGAUGCUUACUCUAUUCUAAAGGGUAGGCUUGAAAAUUUGCCAGGAAAUGUUGUUGUUCUUGGCUCCCACACCCAUAUGGAUAAUCGUAAAGAAAAGUCCCAUCCUGGUGGUCUUCUAUUUACCAAGUUUGGAAGCAACCAAACCGCGUUGCUUGAUCUUGCUUUUCCGGAUAAUUUUGGGAGAUUGCAUGAUAGGAACAAAGAAACUCCAAAAGCAACAAAACAACUUAGUCGACUCUUCCCGAACAAAGUGACCAUAUUACUUCCACAGGAUGAGGCCUUACUUUCAGAGUGGAAGCAACAAUUGGAACGUGAUACCGAAACUUUGAAAACACAGGCAAAUAUUGUCAGCAUCCGCUUGGUUCUCAAUCGGAUUGGUUUGGAUUGCCCUAACCUCGACACUCUCUGCACCAAAGAUCAAGCACUAACACUUGAAACUGUUGAGAAAGUUGUAGGCUGGGCUUUGAGUCAUCAUUUCAUGCGUUCUUCUGAAGUGUUGGUUAAGGAUGCCAAACUCAUCCUUUCUACAGAAAGCAUCGAGUAUGGGUUGAACAUUUGGCAUGGUCUUCAGAGCGAGAACAAGAGCUUGAAGAAGUCGCUCAAGGAUGUCGUCACGGAGAAUGAGUUUGAAAAGAAACUUCUCGCCGAUGUUAUUCCACCGGGUGACAUCGGUGUUACUUUUGAAGACAUUGGUGCUUUAGAAAACGUGAAGGACACGUUGAAGGAAUUGGUGAUGCUUCCUCUACAAAGACCUGAAUUGUUUUGCAAAGGGCAGUUAACGAAGCCUUGCAAGGGUAUUUUACUUUUCGGUCCACCUGGUACUGGAAAAACAAUGCUUGCUAAAGCUGUUGCAACGGAGGCGGGUGCGAACUUUAUCAACAUCUCCAUGUCAAGCAUUACUUCUAAGUGGUUCGGAGAGGGUGAAAAAUACGUAAAGGCUGUGUUUUCUCUAGCAAGUAAAAUUGCUCCAAGUGUUGUGUUUGUUGACGAGGUCGAUAGCAUGUUAGGAAGACGUGAAAAUCCAGGAGAACAUGAGGCUAUGCGUAAAAUGAAAAAUGAAUUUAUGGUGAAUUGGGACGGGUUACGAACAAAGGAUAAAGAACGUGUACUCGUACUGGCUGCAACCAAUAGACCAUUUGAUCUUGACGAGGCCGUGAUUAGGAGACUUCCUCGAAGAUUGAUGGUGAACUUGCCAGAUGCCCCAAAUAGAGAGAAGAUCUUGAGAGUUAUACUCGCCAAAGAGGAACUGGCCGCUGAUGUUGAUUUACCGGCACUUGCAAAUAUGACUGAUGGAUACUCUGGAAGUGAUUUAAAGAAUCUCUGUGUCACCGCUGCACACUGUCCCAUCAGAGAAAUUUUGGACAAGGAGAAGAAGGAGAGAAUCUCUGCGUUGACCGACAACAAACCGAUACCGGCGCUAUAUAGCAGCACUGACGUUCGGCCGUUAAAAAUGGAGGACUUCAGAUUUGCACAUGAGCAGGUGUGUGCAAGCGUCUCAUCGGAGUCGACAAACAUGAACGAGCUCCUCCAAUGGAACGACCUCUACGGAGAAGGCGGGUCGAGGAAGAAGAUGUCUCUAAGCUACUUCAUGUAGAGGUGAUUGUAUCUUUGUAUAGAGUUUCUUUCUUGCCCUUACCCUUUUCAUUUCUUUGAUUUCCAAAAUCGUCUCCGCUCCUUGAAAAGAGUGCAAGAUCGGGGAUCGAUUAGAAGUAUGGAAAUCCAUGUCGAUGACGACGACCUGCUGGCCCUCGUCCCGUCCUCUACCUGCCAUUGCCGCUAUUGUAUCAUAUAUAGUUUUUUUUUCCUUACCCUCUCAUUUAUUUAAUUCUCUAUGCUUUUGUAGGAAGGAAUUUAACAAUUUGUUUAGGUAAUUUGACCAAAACCUGUUUUUGUGUAGCUCUUCUGGUUAACUUGGGUAUAUACAUUAUCAUCAUCAUAUGUUUUACUAAUCAAUGAAAGUAAUAAUUGCCAUUUUUGUAA